AUGGAAUGUAUCUGGACAUCUGGUUGGCACACUUUUCAGUGCAACUCUCAGCAGGUAAGACCUAUAAUUUACUCCCAGAAAUUUUUGAGUAUUCAAUCUAUUUACUAGCGACAAGGGAAUGCAGUAUUAAACAUAUACUGUACCAAUAUAGUGAAAUAAUUUUGGGCUAUGCCGCUAUGGCCAUUGUUAGAAUCAGUAUAUAAACACAAGCAAGAAUCCUUCCUAAUACUAGCUUUCAAUGACAGUAGGCCUAUUAUAGUGCCUAUAAAAUAUACAAAUUAUACGUGAUUUUAUUAUUUGCCUUCUUCAUACCAAAGUAACAAUAAGAAACGCUUAUAGUUAAUAAAUAUCUGAGCUAUUAUAUAAUAAACUGGGAUCAACCCUAGUAACAAAUAUGUCAAUGAACAAAGCACAACUAUAAAGCCUUGAAGGUUACACAAGGAAAACAUUACCAAACAAUAGAAUACAAACCUUUAAACAAAAUAUAACCACGAUCGGUAUUAAUACAGAAACAGUUUCUUGACAAAUCUUCGAUUUACCAUACAUAAAAUAAACACCACUCUCAUCCGACGCCAUGUUCGAAAAAAAAGACAGAAAUUGUACGCCUAAAUUCGCUACCUUCCUAAAAGGCACUGGAAACUAAUAACUUUUUGACCCAGUCAUUAACGCACCCGAGUAAAUAAACAUUUAGAGACAGCAGUAUGGUGGCCCAGCAGCGCCAUAGCAUUUUCCUAUAUUUUUAUUUAAUUAAUUUUGAUUUUAAAUACAUUUUUAAAUAAAAUUACAAUACACACUAGCAAAGUAAAAACAUAUUAAGAUUAAAUUUAAAAGAAAAAAGAAAAAAAGAAAAACAAAUUAAAAUUAAAACUGAAUAAAAAUAAAAUGAAAAUUCCACAUGGCCCAUGAGCGCCAUAGCAUUUUCCUAUAUUUUUAUUUAAUUAAUUUUGAUUUUAAAUACAUUUUUUAACAAAAAUACAAUACACACUAGCAAAGUAAAAACAUAUUAAGAUUAAAUUUAAAAUAAAAAAACCAACAAAAUAAAAACAAAUUAAAAUCAAAACUGAAUAAAAAUAAAAUGAAAAUUCCACAUGGCCCAUGAGCGCCAUAGACCAGAAUUAAAAGCCUUUUGAGUUUUCACUAUCUUUCAAAAUUCAUGCUGACAUUGUGCCUGCUUGUAGGCUAUGUCAGGCAGGGGGGUGCAUAUCAGCAUGAUUGUUUUGUCCAACAUGGCGACAGGUCGAACAAGAAAUUCAACGUGGACUGAUGAUACGAGAUUGAAGGAAGAACUUCAGAAGUAUGUAAAGCAGGGAUUAAAGCGAAGCGAAAUUUUAAGUUUCGUUGAAAGAGAUUUUUCUGAAUACGCAUGGAGCAAGAGGACGUUAGACCGAAGACUACAGUAUUUUGAUAUAUAUCAAACAGAUUGCACUGUGUCUGUCGAGGACGUACGGGCUGCCGUUUCAAAAGAGUUGGAAGGGCCUGGUCAACUGGUUGGCUAUAGGGCAAUGUACCAUAAAAUAAGGCAGGGUCAUAAUCUUAAUGCUCCGCGUAAUUUGGUUCACGCAGUCAUGUACGAUCUCGAUCCCGAAGGACUUGAAUCACGGCAGCCAAUGAAAAGGCAAAGAAGAGAAAAAGGACAUUUUAUUACGAAGGGGACAGAUUGGGUUCAUUCAAUGGAUGGCCAUGACAAAAUGAUGGGCUAUCAAAAUAGUACUUUUCCUUUGGCAAUAUAUGGCUCUAUUGACACAGCCAGCAGGAAAAUACUUUGAUUAAAAAUUUGGACGUCAAAUUCCUGCCCAAAACGGAUUGGUUCAUGGUAUUUGGAGCAUCUACAUGAAACUCGUCAGAUUGCUUCGAUGAUCAGAGUUGACAAGGGUACUGAAACUGGCGUGAUGGCGACAAUGCACUCUUACUUACGGCAAAGCCAUGGAGAUAUGAAUGCUGAAGACACAGUGUUAUACGGCCCAUCUACUUCUAAUCAGGUAUUACCCCAAUACGUUAAUAGAGUUAAUAACAUGGUAGAACCAACUAACCAUAUAUAAAGGGGGCCAUUCUAUUUAUUGUACGCCAAUGGACGAAGUCGAUAAAAUUUGAACCCCCUAAAAAAAAAAAUCAAAGUGCCAACACCCCCCCCCAGAAAUUAAGAAAUUUUUGCCUUACCCCUAAGAAAAAAUGCAAAGAUCAAAGGAUGCUGAUGCAUACUACCCCUCAAAAAAUGGCUUUUUCAAACGCCCUCAUAAAUUCUCGUCUAUGGGGGGGGGGGGGGAGGUGUACAUUAAAUGGAAUGGCCCAAAGUUGACUCCUGGGCCAACAGAGAUAUGCAUGCUGACAGGAUCACUAAGGCAAUUCACAGUUCAAACAUUAGUUUAAGAUAGGAAUAAGUAGUUUAUAAAGAGAGAUCAAAGCUAGAUCAUAAGUGGAAUUUACUGAAACAUUUCUGUCUUAAGACUUUUAUUGGUCGUUUCAAUAAAUCCCAUUUAUUACCUAGCUGUCAGAAGUAGUCCAUUUUUUAAAAAUUAAUCGAAUGCAACUACUGGCUCUCCCUUUAUAAUAUUAAACACCCUCCAAAGCCCUUCCAACAACAACACACUUGUUUGUAAAUACUUGGACAUGUAUGCAUCCAGAGAUGGAGGAUGCAUGAUGUGUCGCUGGAUCAGAUUGCUCAAAUGCAUGAUCAUAAUGGAAGCAUUAUUGCUUGUGGAAACCAUUUACAUCUCAGUUCGUCAAAGUGUGCUCAACAUAACAAGUGAAUACUAAUUCUUUCUCAUAUAUCAACAGAUUGAACGAUGGUGGAGGGAGCUCCACGAGCGUCUUGAAAAGUUUUUUAAACAUCAAAUUAACUGGUUAAAAGAUCGAGGGCAUUAUGAUCCACAUAGUGAUCAAGACAGGUUAGUCUACAAUUAUUUUACGGAAGUAACAGAAGAUAAAUUAUUUUACGGAAGUAACAGAAGAUAAAAAAUUAAUAAGUACACACUGUUUACAACCAAACACAACAGCCUAGUUUUGGUUUCAAUAUUUUUCCCAACACUGAAUUGAUUUAAAACAUUUUAAACUAUUUAAUUAAACCUUUUUAACAUAUCAAGAAAUGUCCUCCUGUUAUUUUGUCUAUAAAUAUAGAGUCAUUAGUAUUAACAGGGGUUUGUCAAACUAUCUACCUGUCUUUCUGUUAACCCAUUUAUAUUGUUCGCUGUAUUGUUUCACAAGAAGUAAUUGACAUUAAUAUGGGUCUUGCCUUUCAAAGCUGUUGUGUUGGAUUUGGAUUGAAUGCUUCUAAAUCAUAACCAGAGUGCAACCAUUCCUUACUCUGGACUACUUUUAAAGGUGGUCAGAAAUAGUCAAGUGGCAUGUUCUGUCAUGUCUUCCGUCAUGCACAGGGAGUGGACUUAAUGCCCCCAAGAACUAAAGUGAUCAAAAUCUUAAUUUUCCAGAGCUUAAAUCCUUUGCAAAAAAAUAUUUGAUUAAUUCAAGAUUUAUCUAUGUGUCAUUUUAUUUUUAUUUCAGAAUGCUUAUCGCAUUCUUAAUGAUUCCAGUACUGCAGAAACAGCUUGAUUCAUUUAAAGAUACAGUGUGGAAUUGUCACAGAAUCCGUACCCAAAAAGAAACACUUCUUCCCGAUGGGGUCCGAAUCAUAUGUACGACUUUCCAGAAGAAUAUGGCUUAGAGAAAUGUGGUAAGGAGUAGAUAUGUAUGUUUAACCCAUUCAGCUGCAAUGUGGUCUACUUUUUUUUUACUUGUCUAACGCCAUACGAUUUUACUUGUCAAUGGGGAAACUCUGUUUUGCCACAAUGUGCAUCGCCACAAUGUGCAUCUUACUUCUAACGCUUUUUUUAGGGUGGCCUGUAACAGAAGACCAGUUGAAAGAUGUAGCUGAGUUGUCAGGAGUUUUAGAGCUAGAUGAUGAUUUUAUACAAAGUGAAUCUCGGGAGAAAUGUGAAAGAAUUAUUCCUUUUCCUGGUGAUGUAGAACCCGACCAAUGUGCAGAUGCCUAUGUUUACCUCAAAGACAAUUUUUUAAAUAGCUGA